AUCAAACGGAAGUACGCGCCCAUACCAGCUCACAAGUUUCGAGCACUUCCAACAAGUCCUGGUCGCUCCCAAACGUGAUCCUUGCUGCGGAUCAGGCUGCCGCCGUCUCUGCUAAGCCAGCCAGCCAGCCAGACCUGGAACUAUGCUUCCUUACAACGACUGGAACAAGCGGUGGCUUUUGUGCGCCUUUUGUCUCUCCUGGGUCUGCCUUUUAGGUACUUGCAGCAGAGCCGCGCAAGAGGGAGCUCAACCUGAACUGUUCAUCUUCAACGAGCUGUGUGCCCUGAAAGAGGAUCCAGGGCCUUGCAGGGCCGUGAGGGACAAGUACUUCUUCAACGUGGACACGGGCCACUGUGAGCUGUUUGAAUAUGGGGGUUGCGGAGGAAACGCCAACAACUUCGAAACCCUGGAGGCGUGCCAAGAUACGUGCAUUGUCUCAGAUGAUAAAAACCCAUGUCACUUACCCGAAGCGGAAGGUCCCUGUCGCGGCCUGGUGACCCGCUACUUCUUUGACAGCAACAGUCAGCAAUGCAAGCGCUUCUAUUACGGCGGUUGCUUUGGAAAUGCCAACAAUUUCAGGAGCAUCGCUGAGUGCCAGGCGAAAUGUCAAAAACAAGAAGACAUUGAAGUUCAGACCAGCGCCAAAAGAAUCAGUGAUGUGCAACCAACUGUAUUAACUGGUGAGCAAACGGUCAACAUCGCUGGGGUGCAAAUGAACAACACCGAUGCAGAGUAUUCACAAGAUGUGAAGGUGCCGGACGUGUGUUCGGGUCCUGUGGACAGAGGAACGUGUGAGAGCAUUAUGCGCAGGUUUGCCUACAAUCCCAACACCAAGCGAUGUCACGAGUUCCUGUACAGCGGCUGUGGAGGGAACGACAACAACUUCAAACACCGGAGACAGUGUAUCAGGAAGUGCAUUAAAAGUCAAAAGGAUCGUGGGAUGAAGGUGAUUCGAAUAAGGAAGAAAAAUAUCCCCAACAUUCUUCACGGCUCAGUCAGAAGACAUUGGGAAAAUUUGAACUAGAUUCUGUACUUCUCUACAGUCACCUGUCUCCACAUAUUAUUUUGUAGCAGUAUAGCUUUGAUAGUAAGUGCUGGGGUUUUUUGCUCAUAGUGACCACACACAAUUUACAUUUUCGUGCACAUGAUUUCAUUAAGUGGUUGACAAAAAACACUUGUGUUUUGCCAGUCUGAAAAAAAAUCAAUAGAUGAUCAUAUAAACAUUGAGUAUUGUAUUUGCUUUUUCCAUUUGGCCGAUUUAAAUAAUCAUGAAGGUCUACCCUCCUGUUGUGAGUAUCUUCCCAAAAAUGUGUUUAAUCUUUAAAAAAAAGCCUAUCAUGAUGAAAUCUAAUUUAAUUUAUUUUUUUUCUAAUUUUCAAACUGAUCACUUUGACCAACAAUAUAACAGGAAGGUUAAUAUACUGUACAACUGUUUAUUUUUCCUCACAGUUAAUCUCUACAAUAGACAGUUUAAUCUGUGGACGGGCUUUAAUUCUCUGCUUUUAACUCAAACUGUAUUCAUCACAUAGUCAGUUCUGUCAUGGACACACAGCUAAAAUCCACCAUGAACAAUUUCUUGUUUUUCCAAAUAAAAUAAUUUUUUUCCCAAAAUUGUGUGCACUGAUGGUGCUCUUAAAAAUCACAGAAGGGGGCAGUGUUGUUCAAAAUUGGCUUCAUUGGCGCAUAGGUCUCAUUUCUUCUUUUAUAAGCUUGUCUUUACUGCUUUGUUGUAAAUUUUGACAAUUUUAAAAAUUUC